AUGCAUUAUUUCCAUCAACUUCGCGAGCAAAAAAUUGACACCGAUUGUAUGUGUCCUAUUUUGGUUGUCGAUGCUGGUGAAGAGCAGAGAGAAGUUGCAGCACAAAUUAGCGGGCGUGAAUGUCGCUGCAUUAAUGGUAAUUUGGUCGUGAUCCCAUCUGUGGGACUUUGUGUUAAAGGUCGUUUACUGAUUUCUUAUGGAAACGGUGGAUAUGCGGAAUUAAAAGAUAUCAGUUUGGUACCAGCAGAAGGACAAGAAUAUUCAAAAUUCGUAAUGGAGGAUGUGCCACAGCCGAAUGUCAACGUGUCAUCACUGUCAGAGUACGUAAGACCCUUCCGUUACCGUUGUGACUCGAUUGCAUGCCGCAGAAAUAUUUUUGGUCAUAGUGGUGGAAAAUAUGAACGAGAAGAGUAUAGCCGUGUGAUGGAUGUAUAUGGGAAUGGAGCGUACACUUUCACUGACAGCCGUUUUGCAGACGAAUGGAAUAAUAAUCAAGUUGAUGAGAAUUCAGCGGUCAAUGAAAACAGUGUACCUUUUAAUCCACGCAACCAUGGCGCUAAGUUUAAUUGUGAUCACGAAGAGAUGGAUGAUAAAUACGCUGUAGUGUCGAGAUCUGAGGUGCCAUACAAACAACAUGCUUUUAAAGAAUAUGUUCCUCAUAUUUAUCCCCGUACAAUGCGAAUUCGUUUUGAUAAGAUUGAUUCAUCGUCAGUUGACACUUUUUGGGCUUUCGAACCAAAUAUUUUCACAACUGUCGAAAGAGUUCUUCAUGAAGGACGACAGCGCUACAGUGCUUGCCCUCAGUUCGAUAUGUCAUUGAUUCACGGGUUAAGCGGAGUGGGUUGCUUGGUCAGAGUGAGUGUUGACAGUGGUUGUCGCUCCUUAUGUCGUGCUGAAAUCAUCAAAUUUUCAAAUAAUACGCACAGAUUUUCCGUGUAUUUGGUCGACUAUGGUUUUUACAGAUGGGUCAAAUGUAGUGAUUUAUUUGACAUAUCGGUAAUUAACAAAAGAGAUAAAAUCCUAUACUUACCGGUAGCUUUGCUUCAUUGCCGACUUGAGAAAUGUGCAAAUGGAAUUCGUUUGCAGCAACUGGAAAAAGGUGGCGAAUACGAGAUUAUUAUCAAAUCAAAGGAUUCAGAAGGAAUUUUCAAUGUGUACAUUGAUCUAGUCGAUAAUAAUGAAAGCGCACUGGCGAACAUUCGUGAUUCAGUUGUGCCAUUUAAUCUUGACGGUAAUAGUACGUUUCUCUGA